AUGUUUGAAGGUGUAGUAGCCAAUUUAUUAAAUAGAAUAUUAGGCGCAUAUUUGGAAAAUUUUGAUCCAAAACAAUUAAAUAUUGGUAUAUGGAGUGGUGAUGUUAAAUUAAAAAAUUUAAGAUUAAAGAAAGAAAGCCUUGAUAAAUUCAAAUUACCAAUUGAUGUUAAAUUUGGUCAUUUAGGUGAAUUAACUUUACAAAUUCCUUGGUCAAAUUUAAAAGGUAAACCAGUUAAAAUUAUAAUUGAAGAUUUAUAUGUAUUAGCAUCUCCAAUAAUAUUAACAAAUUUUGAUCCUGAAGAAGAAGAAAAACGACAUCAAGCUAUAAAACAAGCUAAAUUAAAGGAAUUAGAAACUAUAUUAAAAGCAAAAAGUCAAGAAUUGGGUAAAGAUUUAGCUAAUGAAACUUUUACUGAUUCUUUGUUCACCAAAAUUAUAGAUAAUUUACAAAUUACAAUUAAAAGUAUACAUAUAAGGUAUGAGGAUCAAACCAUUUUAACUGAAAAUCCUUAUUCUGUUGGUAUACACUUAGAUGAAUUAUCUGCUGUUUCAACUGAUGAUAAUUGGCAACCAUCAUUUAUUUCAAUAACUCAAUUAUUAACGAAAAAAUUAUUAACGUUAAACAAAUUUUCAUGUUAUAUGGAAACUCAGACAUCAAAUUUAUUUCAAAAUAAUGAUGAAAUUUUACAGUUUUUUCAAAAUUCGACUCCAACUGAAUAUUUAUUAAAACCUGUUUCAGGAACUGGUAAAUUAACAAUCAAUAAAGCUGGUUCUACAGAAAAAGCUCCUCAUAUUUCUUCAGAAUUAUAUUUUGAAGAAUUUGGCGUUGAAUUGAAUUCUGAACAGUAUCAGGAUAUAUUAUGGACAGCCUCAAAAUUUCAUUGGUUGAUGAAGACUGAAAAAUUUAGAAAAUUUAGACCUACUUUACCCCCUAACGAAGCACCAAAAAAAUGGUUUCAAUAUGCUGCUAAUUGUGUACUAGAUGAAAUACAUGAAAAAAACUAUAAAUGGACAUGGCAAUAUUUUGAAAAAAGAAGGAAUGAAAGAAAAUCAUAUAUUCAUUUAUGGAAAUUAAAAUUGGAAAAUGCGUUAUCAGUGGAUGAUCAAAAUACUUUAGAUCUAUUGGAACACGAUUUAUCAUAUGAAGAUAUAAAAUUUUAUCGAUCAAUAACUAGAAAUGAAAUAAAAAGGGAAAAUCCUAAUGAAACUAGAUUAUUUGAUUGUGAAGAUACUGGAAUGACUUCAAAUAAUAAUAAUAAUAAUAAUAAUACUAAUAAUAAAGGUUGGUUCUCAGGUUGGUGGGGUGGAAAUAACGAGUCGAGAAAGGAAGAAGAUCAACAAAAUGGCAAAAAUUUGUCCUUAACUGAUGAACAAAGAAAGGCUCUUUAUGAUACAAUUGAUUACGACGAAAACCAAAUAACUUCAAUUGAUGUCCCAAAUGAUAGAGUUACUUUACAAGUUUUUGCUCAAUUACAAAAAGGAGGUUUAAGUAUAAAACGAAAUAAAUCGUCUACCAAUUUGGCAGAAGUUGUUUUCGAAGGCUGUAAAACUCAAUUUUAUCAACGUCCCGACUCAAUGCUAUCAAAUUUUCAAAUUGAAGAGUUUAGAGUAGAAGAUGGUACAGGUGAAACAUUAUAUAAACAUAUUGUCAGUGUAAAACAAGCAAUUUUGGAUUCAAAUAAACCUAAAACAAAUGAAGAGCCUUUUUUCCAAAUUUCUUUUGAGAAGAAUCCACUUGAUGGUUCAGCAGAUUCAAAACUUUUAGGUAAAUUAAAAUCAAUGACUAUUUUUUAUAAUCCCAAAUUUGUUGAAGAAGUAAUUAAAUUUUUCACUCCACCAAAAAUUCAUUUAGAUACAAUUGGAGCUAUAAUGAAUGCUGCUGAAGCAACAGUUGAGGGCUUAACAACGCAAACUAGACUUGGAUUGGAAUAUGCUUUAGAGGAGCAUAAGACGGUAAAUCUAAAACUAGAUCUACAAGCUCCUUUAAUAAUAAUGCCACUUGAUCCAAAAAGCUUUAAAUCACCUGUAGCAAUUUUAGAUGCUGGACGUUUAAGUGUUGUAAGUGAUUUAGUUGAAAAAUCAAAGAUUCAACAAUUUAAAGAUAAGAUAAAUUAUACAAUGGAUGAUUGGAAAAAUCUAACCAAUUUAAUGUAUGAUAAAUUCCAUUUGAAUCUUAGAAAUGCUCAAUUCUUAGUUGGUCAUGAUAUAAAAUCAACAAUGGAGCAAUUACAUAGAAAAGGAAAAAGACCAGAUUUAAUACUUGGUAAUUUUGAUUUAAAUUUAUUGUUAGGUGUUUCUAUUUUACCAGAUGCACAUAAUUUGGCAAAAAUCAAAUUAGGCGGUAAAGUGUCCGAAGUAAAAUUGUCUAUUAAUGAUUAUCAAUACAAAACUUUGAUGAAGAUAAUUGAUGCAGCUGUUCCAUCCACAGAAAGUACUUUGCUAGAAGAAUCCAGUGUUUUUGAUGCAUUUGGGGAGAAUAAUGAAGAUCUUGAAAUCGAAGAUGUUGAAGUUCAUAGUAGAACUGACGUCAAAAGUGAAUCUAAUGAUCAACGUCAAUUUCAGUUUGAUUUUUGUGUGGAAACUGUUCAAAUAAGUCUAUUAAGAUGUAUUGAUGGUGUUACUUUAGAAGCUGAACCAUUAAUUGAUAUAAUAGGUGAUUCGUUAAAUUUAGAUUUUUACAAAACAUUGAAUGAUUUACAUUUGAAAUUAUCAGUACUGGAUAUAACAUGUAUUGAUCACAUUGAAAAAUCAGGUGUUGAUGAAUUUCAAAAACUAAUUACUUCAAAUGCCAAUGGAGAGAAAGGGAAAAAUCUUCUUAAUAUGACAUAUUCAAGAAUUCAACGAAGUGUGGAUUAUAAUGGGAAACAUUUGGUUAUUUUUGAUCAAGAUAUUGAUAUGCAAAUAGCUACAGUUAAAUUUAUAAUCUCAAGAAUGUCCUUACUUAGUAUAUUGAAUUUCAUGCAAAACACUUUUACUGAUACAAAUGCAGCUCCGACCCCUGCAGAUGAAUUAAACCAUAAUUCAGUUGAUGAAGAAGCAGCUCCACAAAAGAUAAAUCUCAAAGUAAGUUUAGACAGUAUCAUACUUGUAUUGAAUGAAGAUGGUUUGAAACUAGCUACAAUUCAAUUGAGCUCGGCUGAAAUUCUAUUAUUUUUAUUACCUGAAGCAAUGGAUGUUAAAGGAAAAUUGGGUGAUUUGUCUUUAGAAGAUGAAACCAACCAAGUGUCAACAAAGGAUCAUCAAAUUAGAAAUUUGAUAAGUAUUCAAGGUCACAAUUUAGCUGAAUUUAGUUAUAAAACAUUCGAUGCAAAAGAAUCCAAACCAAGUGAGGUGGAACUCAAAACAGGCGCUGUUAAAAUCAAUUUUAUUGAAAGCUCAUUUAACAGAGUUUUCACUUAUUUGAAUCAAUUCCAAAAAAUGAAGAGUAUCUAUGAUAGCACUCGAGAAGCUGCAAUUAAUCAAGCAGCACAAUUACCUAAUCAAAUAAAGUUUAAUUUGAAUGUUCAAGCUCCAACCAUAGUGUUUCCUUUGAUGAUUGAUGAUAAGUUCAAAGAAAUUGUUGCUGAUUUGGGUGAAUUAUAUGCAUUCAAUGAAUACAAACAAGAUGUAAAUGCAAUAAAAUUUGGUAUCAGAAAUAUAAGUCUUUUAUCAAAUACACUGGAUCAUAUUGAAUCUAUGGACAAGCAUACACUGGAAAUAUUAAAAGAUUUAGAUAUUGAUUUCGAUGUUGAUUGGGUGGAAAAAUAUGUAAAGGGUAAAACAACAUUUGCCAUCAAUGGUAAGAUUCCGGAUUUGGAAAUGCUCUUAACAGAUGAUCAGUUAAAAAUGUUAAUUCAGCUUUCAGAUUCUGUUACUAGAGCCUUUGCUUUAGAUGAUAGCGAUAAUUUGGAAGAUGUAGAAGAAGAAGCAGCAAAUGCGAAUGAGGUUUUAAAACAUGAAAUAGAUUCAGGAAAAGUACAAAGAUCAUCAAAUGAGUUAAAAAUUGGUAAAGUAGACGUUCCAGAAAACCACAAAUUGGUUGAUUUUACAUUUUCAAUACCAAAAUUGUCUUUGACGAUUGGUAAUCAAGAUUUGCAAAAUUUUGAAAUAAUAAAAUUAUCCACAUUUACAUUGAAUGCGUUUGAUGUUAAUUUUGAAAUGAAUCAAAACACCAGUUUCGCUCUGUAUUUGAAGAUUAAAUCGUUUGUAGUGGAAGAUGUAAGACAAAAAACUGAAAGUAAAUUUCCAAUUAUAAUACCCAAUGCCGAUGAUGUUGAUAACCAAUUUGUACUUCUGGCCAAUUCCAGUGAGAACAAGAAUAUUACAUUUAUGUUAACAAUUGAAAAACCUAGAACCAUUUUAGCAUUAGACUAUUUAUUUGAAUUACAAACUUUUUUCAAUAAAGCUACUCAGGUCAACCAGCAUCCUGAGUUAAAACCUUCAAGAAAAUCAAUAAGUUCUUCAAAUCUUGAAAAUAAAGCUAAUGUCAAACCUCAAAAGAUUGGUUUUUCAAUCAACAUUAUACAACCAUCUGUUAUAUUACUUGCAAACGAUGCUGAUGAAAAUACAGAAGCUAUAGUAUUCAAAGUUGAACAAGUUUUAAUUACAAAACAAAACAUAAUUUCAUUAGCAGCAAAUAAUAUUGGAAUGUAUCUUGCUUUAAUGAGUGAUUCAGAGAAUAAAAAAUAUAGAAUUAUUGAUGAUUUUUCUAUAUCGUUUGCACAUGAUGAUCGAGGCUCAACUGCAACUGAAUUUCUCACCAACAUACAAGCUUCAAUUGAUCCUUUAAUAAUCAGGGUCUCUCUUCGGGAUAUAAGACUUGCUGUAGGUAUAGUGAAUAGAGGAAAUGAAUUAUAUAACAAACAUCAAGGAGUUAAAACUGAACCAUUAGAUGAUGAUUACAAACUUUCAGAAGAUUUGAAAAGAAAAUUAUCGCAUUAUGCUCCGAGUAUUGUGUCAUCCUUUUCAAAUGAACAACGAACAAUCACUAAUGAUAUUCCUGAAGGUACAGUAAUAGUCAAGGGUGAAGAAUUUUCUGCCAGUGUUGGUGGAUUACGUUUUGUUUUAAUUGGUGAUGUUUCCGAGUUGCCUGUUGUUGAUGUGAAUAUUAAACCUUUUGAAACACGUGCAAUCAACUGGUCUACAGAUUUAAGUGCUGAAAUUCAUGUUGAACAUUUCAUCAAUAUAUUUAAUUAUGCAAAAUCAGCGUGGGAACCAUUAAUUGAACCUUGGCCCAUUGCAAUUUAUGCUUCAAAAUCUACUCAUCCUCAAUCAAAAUUGUUAAUUGAAGUCAUUUCUAGACACUUAGCAGAAAUCACAAUCACUUCAAAAUCAGUUGCAUUACUUUCUCAAAUUAGUAAUUUGAUUACUUCAGAUGAAAAAUUGAAACCAAGAGGUCAAGACUAUCCAUACGUGAUAGUUAAUGAAUCGGGAUUUGAUAUAAACGUUUGGGCGAGUGGCUCAAAGGAUAAAAUUACAGAGAUAAAAUGUUGGGAGUCAUGUCCUUGGACUUUUGAAGAUUGGAGAAAAAUUCGUGAGAAUUUGGAUACAAAUAGUGAUUGUAUGUUAGGUGUAUCCUUCAUUGAUUCACCUUAUCAGGAUAUAAAUAAUGUUAAAGCCGGUAUUGUAGGUGAAGAAUUGUAUGUAUUGUAUCCACCUAAAGAAAAGGUUCAUAAUAGAUUAUCGGUUGAUAUUGUUUUACGUGAUGAUAAUGUUAAAAUUAUAAAAAUAAAAUCAACAAUUUCAAUAGAAAAUGAUGCUGAUAUUCCUAUUAUCAUCAAUGUUGCAGACGAAAAAGAACACUUGGAAUUGGAAAUUCCCUCGAAAGAAUUUAAGUCGAUACCAAUAACUUUAGUUUAUAAUGGUAAGUUAAGAAUAAAGCCUCAAUUACAAACUUCUUAUGGUUGGUCAAAAGAGGAAAUAUAUUGGAAACAAAUAAUGCGCUCUGGUAUUUCAUUAAAAUGUUUGGCCACAAAUGAAAAUGAUCAUUCGAUAUACCAUUUCCAAGCAGAAGCAAUAUAUGAUGAAGAUGAACCAUUAGCUAAAGUAUAUCCACAUUUUAAAUUAGUUGUCUCAGCACCUUUAGAAAUUGAGAAUUUACUUCCUUUUGAUUUUAAAUAUCGAUUAUAUGACAAGAAUGCUGGGAAAGAUUGGACUGGGACUGUAAAGAAAGGUGUCAAAAGUUAUGUUCAUGUAGUAAGUUUGGAGAAUUUAUUACUAUUGAGUGUUGAACCAGAAAAUGGAAAAACUGAGAAAUCACGAUUUGCAAUUAUAAAUCAACAAAAGAAAUCUGACUUUGAGAGAGAAGAUUCGAUUUUAAUGAAAUAUGAAGAUGGUAGAAUUUUGAAAUUAAGAAUUUAUUAUCCGCGAAAGCAAAAAGAUAGCACUAGUUUAAAAGUAGUCAUUUAUAGUCCUUAUGUUAUUUUGAACAGAUCCAAUUUGAACUUGUUCGUUGAACAACGUGGUAAUGCUAUUCAACAACUUGGAAAGCAAAGUGGACAUCUUGAAUAUGGUGUCGUGAAGCCGUUCAUGUUCUCUUUUGACAAAGACGGAGAUAGAAAAAAUAGAGCUAUAAUCAAAGCUGAUGAUACCGAUUGGUCACCACCAAUGAGUUUUGAUGCAAUUGGACAAUCUAAUGAAGUGAAACUUCAAAUUAAUGGUAAACAAAAAGAAAUUAAUUUAGGUGUUACAAUUUCAGAAGGAGAAGGCAAAUAUAAUUUAACAAAAGUUAUUAGUAUAGCUCCUCGUUAUGUUUUUAUGAAUAAACUAGAUGAAGACUUACUUAUUUUAGAAACUGGUACUACCAAGGACAAAACUAUUAAAGCUGGUGAAUUUUUACCUUUAUAUGAAUUGCGUAAUAUUGAAAAGAAAAGUAUAAUGGUUAAAUUUUUGCAAAAUUCAGACAAAUGGUCUCCUCCAUUUGCUAUAGAUGAUGUUGGUCAAUUAUUUAUUAAAAUUUAUAAAAACAACAUUGGUCAAGUAUUAGUAAAGGCUACAAUGCUAUUGGAGAAUGCUACAAUGUUUAUUCACCUAGAAAAUGGUAAUAAUGAAUGGCCUUACUCAAUUCGAAACUUUACAAAUGAGGAAUUCUACAUUUACCAAAAUGAUCCAAAUAUAAAUGCCAAUGGUGAAAUUGUUAAAUCAGAAACACCCUACAAACCAAUUUAUUAUAAAAUUCCUCCAAAAAGUGUUAUGCCAUAUGCUUAUGAUUAUCCAAAUGCAAUUAUAAAAGAGUUAAUGGUAAGGUCUCAUGGUAGAGAAAGAGCUGUAAAUUUAGCUGAAAUUGGUAAUUUGAAACCAUUUAGAUUAUCUGCUUUUCAAGAAAGAAAGCAAUGUAUCGUUGAUUUUAAUGUUGUUGCAGAUGGACCUACUCAAUCAUUGAUUAUUACGAAUUAUGAUCCAUCAACAAGCUUAUAUAAAAUCAAAGGUGGUUCUGCAUCUACUGCCACAGUAUCCACAUCUAAUCAAACUCAUUUUGAGGCUGUUGAGAAUGACGAAAAUUAUCAUACAAAGAUUGUCACCAAGUUUGAGGGUUUUGGUAUAUCAUUAGUCAAUACUAAAAAUCAAGAACUUUGUUAUAUAACCUUGAAAGGUUUAGAAUUAAGAUACAAUGAGUCUAACUUGUAUCAAAAUGUUUCAAUUAAAUUAAAAUGGAUCCAAAUUGAUAAUCAACUUUAUGGAGGAAUAUUUCCAAUAGUUUUAUAUCCAACAAUGAUUCCAAAAAGCGGACAAGAAUUGAAUAAUCAUCCUGCAUUUUCUGCAUCUGCUUGUAAAGUUAAAGAUGAUACUCAUGGUGUUUUAUUUCUAAAAUAUGCUACAUUGUUAUUGCAAGAAAUGACCAUGGAGAUUGAUGAAGACUUUUUGUUUGCAUUAUUAGAUUUUUCAAAAUUUCCAGGUGCAUCAUGGAAUAAGGAGCAUGUUGAUAAAUUAUGUGAUGAUAGUCUAGAUAUUCCACAGCCAGUUAAACUAAAUGAAUCUAAUGAUAUGUAUUUUGAAGCACUUCACUUACAGCCAAUUCAAGCUAAUUUGUCUUUUGUUCGAACUGAAAGAGUAAAUGCUGAAGAUAAAGGUUCAUCACAAAAUACUUUGAUGUUUUUCUUUAAUGUUUUAACAAUGGCGAUAGGAAAUAUAAAUGACGCUCCUAUAAGACUAAAUGCAUUGUUUAUUGAAAAUAUAAGAGUCCCAACACCAAUUUUAAUUGAUUCAAUUCAGACUCAUUAUAGUCAAGCAUUUUUUUAUCAACUUCAUAAUAUCGUUGGAUCAGCUGAUUUUUUGGGUAAUCCUGUUGGUUUAUUCAACCUUUUAUCGUCGGGAGUAUUAGACAUAUUCUAUGAGCCAUAUCAAGGAUUUGUCUUGAAUGAUAGGCCUCAAGAAUUAGGUAUUGGAAUUGCAAAAGGUGGUUUAAGUUUUGUCAAAAAAUCAGUAUUUGGAUUUUCUGAUUCAUUUGCUAAAGUUACAGGAUCUAUAGCUAAAGGUUUAUCUGUUGCAACCAUGGAUAAAAAAUUCCAAGAACGUCGACGUUUGAACACUAAGAGGAAUAAGCCGAAACAUGCAUUAUAUGGUUUCGCUUCUGGAGCUAAUUCAUUUUUUGAAUCGAUAUCAUCUGGUGUUUCUGGUGUAGCGACCGCUCCAAUAGAAGGAGCAGCAAGUGGAGGUACAGAAGGAUUUUUUAAAGGUUUAGGUAAGGGUAUACUUGGAUUACCAACAAAAACAGCUAUUGGAAUUUUCGAUUUAGCAUCUAAUGUUGGUGAAGGUAUUAGAAAUACAACUACAGUCUUUGAUAAUGAAGCUUUAGAUAAAGUCAGACUUCCAAGGUUCAUUGAUUCUAAUACAAUAAUCAAACCUUAUUCCAAGAGAGAAGCUCAGGGCCAGUUUUGGAUGCAUAGUAUUGAUGGUGGACUUUAUUAUAAUGAAAGAUAUUUAGCUCAUUUAUUACUUGCGGGUCAAGAAAAAGCUAUUUUGGUGACCUAUAAAAAAAUUUUUAUGUUUGAUAUAAAUAAGUUAUUAACAGAAUGGAUAAUUGACUUUGAUAAAAUUAAGGCUAUAUCCGUCAUGCCAACUGGUUUAAACAUUGAAUUUCAAAGUAGAAAAGGUCAAUUCAUACCAAUUCCAGAUAGAGCAGAGAGAACUUUUAUUUAUAAUAAAAUCAGUAUCGCUGUUGAAGAGUUUAAUAAGCAUUGUCAAGUAAUUUUAUAA